AUGGCAGUUCAGACGAAGUACUUCGUCAAUGACCCCCAUCCAAAUGCCAAUGCUGCCAAUCCGUCCACCACCUCCUCUCUCACCCUCGCCUACCGCACCUACGGCGAGCCCGGGCGGCCGGCCGUUCUGAUGCCAACCUGCUAUUCCGGCAAGCUGGACACGACAUUGAGCUGGUUGUGGUCGGCGGAAGCCAACAACGGCGGCCCGCCACUGCUCCGGGACCAUUUUGUGAUCGUGUGCGGGCUCCUCGGCGGCAGCGAGUCGUCCUCGCCCUCCAACGCGCCGUCUGCUUUGCGCGGCAAACACUUCCCUGCCGUGACGUACGAGGACAACGUACGGUUGCAGCACGCGCUGUGCCAUUCCCUCGGCGUGACCAAGCUCGCGCUCUACAUCGGGUUUAGCAUGGGCGGCCAGCAAGCCUACCACAUGGCCGCCCUCUACCCGGACUUCGUUGAGCGCAUCGCCGUGCUCUGCAGCUCCGCCCGCACAUCAUCGCACAACUGGUGCUUCCUCGAAGGGCCUCGAGCCGCACUGGAGGAGAGCAUCGAUUUCGACAACGGUGAUUACGUGGAGCCGCCGCUGCGCGGGCUGCGUGCGUUCGCGCGGUGCUACGCGACCUGGGCACUGUCCUCGGCCUGGUUCCGGCAGCGGGGAUGGGAGACGUUGGGGUUUGCUUCAGUGGACGAAUAUCUGCGAGUUGCGUGGGAGGAACGAAUCAAGGCGUGGGAUGCGCAUGACCUGCUCGCGCUCAUGCAGACGUGGCAACGCGGUGACAUCUCGCAGUUCAACGCCAAGGGGAAGGAGGGCGAUUUGCCCACGACGCUGGCGAGCAUCAAAGCGAAGGUGCUGUUGAUGCCGUGCCGCACUGACCUGUACUUCCCGCCUGAAGACAGCGAGGAGGAGUGCAAGCAUUUGCAGAGCGCGGAACUGAAGGUUAUCGAAAGCGUCUGGGGACACCUGGCCGGAGGAGGUGGCGGGACGAAGGAGGACAAGGCGUUCAUUCAGUCGAACGUGGAGCGCCUCCUUGCGUCCUAA